AGAGACGCAAGCUACGCAGAGGAUACGUCAAGGUCAGCAACAAAAGAACGCGUCAUCAACAGGGGUCCGAGAAAUAAGAAGGUCGGCCAAUCAUUUAGAAAAGGGCACGGGAGUACAGUAAAUGCAGAUCGCAAUUCAACUGAGCAUCUUGGCACUCAGACGUUAGAGGACAUUUCGGGGAGCGGUGUCUGGGACAGCGAACCAGAAGAAGAAUUAUCUAGAGAAACAGCGGUGACGAUGGAAACAGAAGAAGGACGUCUGAAGCGCAUCAUAUCGCUUAUGAGACACAUUCCGAUAUUUUCAGGAGAGGGCGAUGUUGAACCAUUUAUCGAUGCUAUUGAAUAUUGUACUCCGAAGUUAAAAGCCGGAGAUGAAGGAACCUUCAUUUUCGAAUUAGCGUCCAGACUUUCAGGCGUUGCGGUUGGCAGUAUGAGAACAGUCAUGAAAACAGCGGAAACAAUCGAUGAAGUUAUAGAAAAAUUGCGACAAAAUUUUGGGCGUACCGAGGACUUUUUCGCAAUAUUAAAUCGGCUAACAAAAGUAUUGCAGGAAGAGAGGGAGAGCGUAGCAAAAUUCGGGGCGCGGAUAGAAAGUAUGAGAAGUCAAGCAACUAACAACAUUGACAGGAGCGCACUACCAGCGAAUCAAAAACAAUAUCGGAAGAAUGAUCUAAAUGCAGCGGCUCUGGAAACAUUCAUUGUAGGACUUGCACCGCAGCUAUCAUUUGCAGUUUCAACCCAGAAACCCAGGAACCUUGCGGAGGCAUUGAAAAUAGCACUGGAAGCCGAGAUCCAGAGUGAAAAAACAGACGCAAUGAACAGAUUAAGAGAGGACAAGGUUCGCCGCAGAGAGAGAGAUCACGCUAGAAUCAGGUUGGCAACAUACGGGGGAGAAUUACAGGCCGAAGAAUCAAUAAAGAAGUUCACCGGUCGAGGGUAUCAAGGCAACUACAGGGGACAAGGAAGAGGUUACAACUAUCAAGACAGAAGAAAUCAGUGGCAGCAACGACCAGCAGAU